GAUUGUAAACGUACAGGUGUGACGUCCAUCCUAAGACAGGGAAAAUCAACCAACAGAGCAGUUUCUUUGUCAUGUAAGGGAAAAAGGAAAGUGAUGUUUGCUGUAAUUUUUCUUGCGGGACUUAUUGCCCCGGAAAUCGUCUUGUCUGCUAGUGAUGACUGCCCUUUAAACUGCACUUGUAAAGACAACCUCGUGAAGUGUCAUGGCUGCAAUUCAGUCCCGCAGCAAUUUGGAAAUUUUUCGGUCAUCGAAAUCUUGGAUUUGUCGCACAACAACCUAACCUCCUUAACUAAAAAUGAUUUUGAAAAGUUUAUAAACCUACAGAAAUUGUAUUUGAAUGAAAACAAAAUAUCAGACAUUGAAAAUGGGACCUUUUCGUCUCUGGUUCACUUGUCGGUGCUGAACCUUUCAUGCAACAGCUUAAGUACAAUAAAGGAAGGCGUAUUUUGCAAUCUCAAAAGUUUAUCGAUCCUGUACAUGAAAAGAAAUUCGAUCGAGAACCUGUCGUUAGACGUAUUCCACAAUGUUCCAAAAUUACAAUAUAUUAGCUUGGCCGAAAAUGGACUGUACGGUUUUGAUGCAUGUACAUUUCAAAUUAGGAGUUUGCGCAUUCUGGUUCUAGACAACAACAGUCUGUCAUCCAUUCCAUCAAAUAUCUUCAACUGUACUCCAAAUCUCCAUACCAUUAGAUUGAAUCUCAACAGAAUAACGCAUAUAUCGGAUUAUACAUUUUCAAACUUGCCCAAUAUUUCAAGUGUUAGUUUAGACUAUAAUCGAAUAACUCAUCUUGAAAUUUAUUCUUUUGAAGUCAGACAUGAUGAUCCUAACUCGUUAAUGGAGUGCCAAAUACAGCGGUUCACAAUAGUUGGGAACCAACUCACUGAAGUGCCACAAGCUUUAGAUGAUCUUGUAUAUGUUGAUCAUUUAGAUAUAAGUGGCAACAGUAUCACGCGAAUCGAAACGCAGGUUUUUUAUAGACUUCAAAAACUUCGCUAUCUUCGAAUUUCUGAAAUGCCACUUCUGAACUAUAUUGCACCAUUUGCAUUUGGAGGUCUUGAUCUAAGAGAUCUACACAUGACAAGAAACCCUAAACUGAGAAAGCUCCCCGAAAAUCUACUUCAGAGCAUGAAUAACUUAAGAACAGUUAUCAUUAGUAAUAAUGCUCUUCAAUCUGUACCGAAAAACUUGUGCAAGUGGCAUAUGUUAAUGGAUAUGAUGAUGAAUGACAAUGACUUUAUCUGUGGUUGUGGCGUUCACUGGCUUCAGACAUAUAGUGGAUGGGGUACUCCCCAAACUCGGCAACAUGCGGAGAAUCUAAAAUGCCACAAACCUGGAAACUCCGAAAAUGUUCUCAUCAAAGAUUUUGACUUCGACCACCUUGGAUGUACAUACACGUCAGUAGUACAUAAAUCACGUGUUCUUGUAGGACUUACAGCCGCUACUUUGGUACUGCUGACUGUAUGCGUGAUUUUAUUUAUGUAUCGCAACCGGAAGCGAAUAAUCUUCCGGUACAGACAGUUCAAAUACAGGCGUCACACGGACUCUGCUUACACAAUUGAACAUAAAUACAUGUACAGUGAUCUUUCUACAAAUGGGGAUGUACAUGGAGAUGUCCCCACAACAAAAGACAAAGAUAAUCUUCUAACAUAGUAUUAUACAAGUACAUGUAUUUUGUUUUUAUGCCCCCGCCAUGAAAUGCCGUGGCAUAUAGUGUUACUCUGUUCCGUCAUUCCGUCAUCAUUCACUUUCCAUUCAGUUGCACACAUUCAACUCAAUUUUGACAUAUGGAUACGUCAUAGGAAUACGCAGGUCAAGUUCGAAUUUGGUCAUGGUACGAUGAUUUUUGACAAGAGUUACUAGUAUCCCUCUUGAACUUAGAAAAAAAAACAAGAGUUUUUCAAUUUCCACUCUCUACCUUUUGUAGGGAUGUAUGUAAAAGAUUGAAAUUGCAUAAGCACGUAUUUUAUCAGAAAAUACAGGUCAAGUUCGAAUUUGGUCGUGGUCCAAUGAUUUUUGACACAGAUAUCCCUCUUGAACUUAGAAAAAAUAAGAAAAUUUCAGUUUCCGCUCACUAACUUUUGUAGGGAUGUAUGUAAAAGGUUGAAAUUACAUAUGCAGGUAUUUUAGAAGAAAAAAACAGAUCAAGUUCGAAUGCAAAUUUAAAACUAAAUAGGGCAUUUGAAAUUUUGGCUUCCUACGGGGGCUUUCGUGGCGUUACGACACAUCUAGUUUUUGUAGCAUCAACGAAACAUUCCAUUUUAUUUACAUUUGCAUGUAUGCAUUAAUUAUACUUAUACUUGAUAAAAAUUGAAUCAUUGAAUUUGUCUUGGAAAUAACUUUUUCUGGUUAUAUUGCUCAGUAUCUGAAAUUUAAGUAAACUUUAAUGUUUUUAACAAAAUGUGCAAGUCUGUAGGUAGACUAAAGUAUAUGUUAAUAUUCAAGUCUGUAGACUAAUUACCCAGGCCAGCACAUGAUUUUAUUUAUGUUUUCUUAACGUAUCAAGGCAUUACUGUAUAUGUAUUUUUCUUCUGUAUAUAAUUUUUUUUUUUAAAGUACUUUACAAUUCAGUUAUGGUUGUUUUACACAAUUUAUAGCAUUAAAGCUUUCAAUUUUUCUGCUGGAACAUAUCUUUGUGAAUAAAUCUAAUGGUUUUUACUAGGGAUGUCAACGAAUA